AGUGAAAUUUAUUAUUAGUGAGAUUUUGUAUAUAAACCACAGGCUGAUGAUUUGUGAAAAUUCAAAAUAAGUUUGAAAAUAUUCCAAAUUCUCAUCGUAAAAGAACCAGAAACCUUCUUAAUGUGCUGAAGACAGGAUUAAUCCGAUUACAUCCAUUAAGUGGUUGUGUCCACUAGCAAGACAGAAAAAUCGAAUUUUUGUGAUUUUGUGAAGAGCAAUUUUAUUUGAUAUACCGAAUUUAGUAAACUUUAAUAAUCGGCGAUUCAUUUUGAAAUAUUGUAAAUUCCCUUGAUCCCAUAGCGGAUCUAAAGGAGAACCUCCGAAAGAAGGUCCUCCCCUCUAGCAGGGAGAAAGAGAGAAAAAAAAAAUUUGCUAUUAAAGAAGAAUACAGGUUGUGAUCAUAGGGCUAGUCUAUUCGCUGCUGAUUAUUCUUACGUGCGAAAAUGUCAAGUCGAUCGGUUAGGAAAAAAUGCGUUUAAGGUUUUUGGGUUUUAUUGAUACGAGGCCUUCCUUUUAUAUUUCGGGAUCAGAGAACAAAAAGAAGACAUAUUAAUAAUCGAAAAUAGCUUUAUUGCCUUUCAAAAUAUUCUCCGUUUAGAUCUUUAUACUGCUGCAAUUGUUGAAGCACUUUUUUAUUUCCAAAAUGUGCCUUUUGAAAGUGUCAACCGCCUCUUCAGGUGUCGUAAAACGUUCACAUCUUAGCUUAUUUUACUCGUACGGAAAGGAAGUCCUUCCGUGCUAAGUCAAGACUAUACAUUGGAUAACUCGUCAGAUUGAUGUUUUGAGUGCUUAAAAAUGCAUUUGGUUCUGUCAAUGUAAAAGGGGUCGCAAUGUAGCGAUGAGGAGUGAUUCGUCUUCGGCGGUUGGUUUUCUGAUUUCUUCGAAGCUUUGGUCUCAUACGCAUAAAUUCCCGUUUCAUCACCUGUCACGAUGUCUUAAACGUGUUUCGAAGCACCGCUAUCGUUUUUUCUCGACUUUACGAUAAAAUUGUGAGUUGCCAGAUUCCAACACUAGUGUUACCAAAUACGGAAUAUUAAAAGACAAAAUACUUAGUAUAUUUUAACUGGUCUAUGUUCCAAAUAAUACCAUUUGAAUUAUAAAUUGUUGAAAUUGUCUAAAAGAAGGCGGAUAGAAACAUCUUGCUCGUCGAUAUUCGUUUUAAUUUAAAUGAAACCAAAUUUUCAAACCGAAUAGGGGUUGGAUAGUCUUAUUAUAAUUUAUUAUUAGUUCGCAAAGGUUUCAGCAGCAGAAAAUAUUCCUCUAAUAAUUUCGAGGAGUUCUGAAAGUUUUUGGACGUAUAAAUUUUCGGGUCUAUACCGACUAUAUAGAUUUUAUUGUUUGGGAAAUGGUAUAAUAAGAUGUUCUUCUUCACAAUAUGGUUAGGUAGAGGUCGAUGGUAGGUAGCCAAGCGCAAUGGUUUUCCCGAGAACAGAUUCACAAUAUAAUCCUUUGCCUUUGCUGAGCUUUGUUAACUCUACUUUAGACUAACCUAAUUCUUUCUGGUUUGUAUUUGCUUUUCUUGAAAUUUCAAGCGGUUAUGCGGAGUUGUGGUUAGAUCAGUCAUCCUCAGUUCAAGCAUAAGACCAAAAUUUUAAGUAAGUUUGGACAUAUCACAUGACUCCCUCUUAAUUAUAAGAGAAGACUACACAAAAUGGUGAAUUAAAUUUGACUAUUAAUCUUAUUGGUCAGGAUGUUUGUAAAAGACAGAAAGAAACGCCGGAGAUGAUAUAAAAUAUAUAUCUAAAUGAUAAGCGUGACGAGCAGGUGGGGUCCGUCUAGCUGUAUGUCUGUGUACAGCCGAAGUCUUUCAGUUUUAAAGAUAUCGAUCUGAAAUUUUGCACAUUACUUCACCUCCUGUUCACCGUCAGACCACUAUAGCAUAUAGCUCUCAUACAAACUGAACGAUCGGAAUUAAGUUCUUGUACGAACCUUUUGCAUUUCUGAAGGGUAUAAUAGCUUCGGUGCAACCGAAGUUAAUAUUUUUUCUUGGAAAUCUCUAAGCAUCGAGUGCUUUUCUGCUACGACUUAGUUUAAAAUCCUAACUCAUUCGAAGGUAGGUUUCCCGUUUGCCUGGUAAAAUUAAAGCCCAAACUUUGAGAAGGAAAAACAGAACUACUCAACAAUUAUUUUACCGAUGCUUGGCUAAGUCUUAUACUAAUUAGUAAAUACCUAUAAAGAACGGAUAAGUAAAAUCUCCUUUGAACAAUGAAUUAGCGAAUGUUUUUUCUUUAUUAAAUAACACUUUUUUCUUAAUUAUAUUUCUCUACGAAAGUUUCAGCUUUAAUCAGAGUAAUUGAAAAUGAAGAAGCUCCGCAACCCAGAAAUCAAAACGAACGAUUCGUUUACGUGGUUAAUUCGAAGUUGGGAGCUAACUGGCAUGAAGCUAUUGCGUCCGUAUAAAUUCUUAAAUCUGUUACACAAGGUUUUCAGCUGGUUUGUGCUCUCACUAAGUCCGAUAUCGUUUGGUGUUGGUAUAUUAAAUACCAUGGACAAUUCAUCGAUGACUGCAACACUGACCAAUUUCCAAGCAUCGCUUAAUGUUCUAUUAUUACCAUUCAGGGCGCUAGUAAUUGCCAUAAACUUUAAGCGUUUGCGUAGUGUCGAAGAGAUUUUCGAAAAUUUGGAUAAAUUCUAUGUAAGAGAAGAGGAACGCUUGGAAAUCAAAGAUUGCGAAAAGGCUUGCAGAAGUCUAUUUUUUACAUACUCUAUUUUCUAUGCCAUGUACGGCGCAAUCAGUUGGUUAGUUUCGUUCUUUGCGCUCAACCAAGAAACAUAUUGGCUUCCUUUUAUCGAUUGGAUACCGUAUCAGCCCCUACGACACGGUUUACACUUUAUUUUCGAAGUGGUUAUUAUACAUUUCUUACUGCAAACCAAUGUGACGAGUGAUACCUUUCCGGCUACUUAUAUACGUGCCUUACGCACCCACAUUAAGCUGUUGACGGGCCGCGUCAGUCGUUUAGGCACAAACUCCGACUUUAAUGACGAGCAGAAUUUUCGGGAAUUAGUCGCUUGUAUAGCAUCACAUCAGCAGAUAUUGCAGGUGGCGGACAUCGUUGGUUCGAUUCUCUCGCUGACCAUUUUUCUGCAACUCACAUUCGCCGCGGCCAUUUUAUGCGUUUGCAUGCUUAACAUAUUCAUAUUCGCCGAUCCGAUUCAUAAGGUUAUCACGAUUGUAUACUAUCUGGUUGUUUUGAUGCAAACUGUACCCAGCUGCUAUCAGGCAUCAAUGCUCGAGGCGGACUGCGCUAAGUUGCCGGACGCGAUCUUUCAUUGCAAUUGGCUGGAUAGGGAUAAACGCUUUCGCAAGCUCAUCAUCUAUUUCCUGCAUCGCGCACAGAGGGAAAUAACAUUCACUGGAAUUAAACUAUUUAGAAUCAAUUUGAGCACCAAUUUAUCGAUUGCCAAAUUCUCGUUUACACUGUACACAUUCAUAAAUGAAAUGGGAUUUGGGGAGAAAUUGAAGGAACGCUUCGAAUAGUUAUUACUGGAUAGUUGAAUUCACAAUAUUUCCUCUCACUUAUUGAAUAUAUUCUUAUCACUUAAAUGCAACACUUAAGUAGUUCAAAUAAAAUAGACAAAAGCUUUUAUAAUAGUUUAGAUGGUUUUUAUGAAAGAAGUUUUAAAUUACUGUUUCUUAGAGGUAUCGGAAUGAAUAUUUUAUGUAGAGAGAAAUUUCGAAAUAAUAAAUCCUUAAAACUUA